GCUGCAGCUUUACAGCAACAGAGUUUAGACUGUCUUUGCUUCAUCAUCUGAAGGCAAAAUUUUCCAGAUACGGCAGACGGCUCCCAGAGUACAAUACACAGGGAAUGAGGACUAUUUACAUGGAAAUUUCUGCCUCAUGAUGCAGUGGAGAAGCCUCGGCCGCUGGAUUCUGCCAGAUGUUCCCGGGGUUACUGUAAAAGGGAAAAAGAGGCAGAGCUAAACAAGGAUAUUUGGAGGAACAGCACCAGAAUCCUGGCUGUAUGUGAAUCACUAAAAGCCAUCAGAGAACAGGCUGAGACUUUUUUGUCUUUAAAAUGGUUCAUGAUUUCAAAGUGCCUGUGUGAAGUCACUUUCGCUGGAAACUGCAGCCUGAGCUCUUGUUGUGUUCAAAUUGUUCUUCCGUCAGAUGCACGUAGCCCUGACCUUACGGUGGAUGAAGAUACCUCAACUGUCUGACUUUGCCAAUUGCUCGAUUUCAGGAUUUAGAAGGGUGGAAAGAAAGAGAAAUCUUGCCAAGAUCUGAACGUCUAGGUGGCUUAUUCUCCAGCACCGUCAAUAGCUGCGAGUGUCAGAAGUGAAUAUCCUCCCAAGGAGUGCCAUGAUAUUGACGUCACUUUAUUAAAAACAGUUGUGUCUGCAGAUCGGUCGAGAGACUCGGACGUUUACCGCCAGAGAUGACACUGAGUGUGCUUCUGUUGCGGCCCACUGUCUUCAAGUGGGGCAUAUUGAUUGAUGAGUGACUGCUUGCCGAUAAAUUCUCUCCUCACUGCUUCCUGGAUUGGGCCUCCCUAAGCAAUUGAUCACUUACCUUCAGACUCACAUGUGGGGUUUUUCACAACAGUAGUCUCGGAAUCACUGGGACCUGGAUUGAUUUCAUCAUUUGACACAAACAAACAGAAUCCCAGUAGCUCGAGCAUCAUGGCUUUGAACGUGGCCCCCGUCAGAGACACAAAAUGGCUGACGUUGGAGGUCUGCAGGCAGUUCCAGAGGGGCACGUGCUCGCGCUCUGACGAGGAGUGCAAAUUUGCUCACCCCCCCAAGAGCUGCCAGGUGGAGAAUGGAAGAGUGAUUGCCUGCUUUGACUCCCUGAAGGGCCGUUGUUCACGAGAAAACUGCAAGUAUCUUCAUCCUCCAACACAUUUAAAAACUCAACUAGAAAUUAAUGGGAGGAACAAUUUGAUCCAGCAAAAAACUGCUGCAGCGAUGCUUGCCCAGCAGAUGCAAUUUAUGUUUCCAGGAACCCCACUCCAUCCAGUGCCCACUUUUCCUGUAGGUCCCGCAAUAGGGACAAAUACGGCGAUUAGCUUUGCUCCUUACUUAGCACCUGUAACCCCUGGAGUUGGGUUAGUCCCAACGGAAAUUCUACCCACCACACCCGUUAUUGUUCCCGGAAGUCCACCCGUCACUGUCCCGGGCUCAACUGCAACUCAGAAACUUCUCAGGACUGACAAACUGGAGGUAUGCAGGGAGUUCCAGCGAGGAAACUGUGCCCGGGGAGAGACCGACUGCCGCUUUGCACACCCCGCAGACAGCACCAUGAUCGACACAAACGACAACACCGUAACCGUUUGUAUGGAUUACAUAAAGGGGCGUUGCAUGAGGGAGAAAUGCAAAUAUUUUCACCCUCCUGCACACUUGCAGGCCAAAAUCAAAGCUGCGCAGCACCAAGCCAACCAAGCGGCGGUGGCCGCCCAGGCAGCCGCGGCCGCGGCCACAGUCAUGACUCAGUCGACUGCCAAAGCAAUGAAGCGACCUCUCGAAGCAUCUGUAGACCUGGCCUUUCCCCCCGGUGCUCUUCAUCCUUUACCAAAGAGACAAGCACUUGAAAAAAACAACGGUGCCAGCACGGUGUUCAAUCCCAGCGUGCUGCACUACCAGCAGGCUCUCACCAGCGCCCAGCUGCAGCAACACACGGCAUUUAUUCCAACAGAUAAUUCUGAAAUAAUCAGCAGAAACGGAAUGGAAUGCCAAGAAUCCGCAUUGAGAAUAACUAAACAUUGUUACUGUACAUACUAUCCUGUUUCCUCCUCAAUAGAAUUGCCACAAACUGCAUGCUAAAUAAAGAUUUAGUUCUUCUGGACAGACCACAACUGUAAGAAGCUAGUGCUGCUAUAUCAUAUAUGAGUAUUAAAUAUGGUAUGCUUAGUAUAUUCCAACCUAAGAUAGUUAACUACCUGAGACCAGCUGUGACGUUUAAAGACAUAAAGAGUAAAGUUUACUUUUCAAGGGUUUCUAAACAUAGUUUCUGUCCUAGGAAUAUUGUCUUAUCUCCAUAACUAUAGCUGAUGCAGAAAGUCCAACCAAUGUACUCAUUUCGAUUGAGAAUACUUCCAAGUUAGCAAUAAGCGAUUAGCAUUAGUUAAAAAAAAAAAAAAAAAAAAAUCUAUUCCGAGGGCAGGUUUGAUUCUAACGCCAAUUACUGUCAUUUCAUUUACCCGCUGGAUCAAAGAGUAUGUUUCGCUUCUUCACAACACGAAUGCUGCAGCAAAGGUGGGAAGUGAAGUAAAACGGACGCCUGUCCCGCAGGUCUAAAAUUUGAAUGGAAAUUCAAGCACAAGUACGGGGGACACAUCAAAGUGUGGUUGUUUGGUUUGCCUGGAGAUGCCGCAUUGAAUCAUGUGAUUCUAGAAUAACAUUAACUAGAUUGAAAAAAGAAACUUUGCACGGUAUGAGCUUCAUACCCCACCAAACAAAGUCUUGAAGGUAUUAUUUUACAAGUAUAUUUUUAAAGUUGUUUUAUAAGAGAGACUUUGUAGAAGUGCCUAGAUUUUGCCAGACUUCAUCCAGCUUGACCAGAAUGAGAGGCCCAUGCCAACAGUCUAAUCGAAGGGAUUAGUUUUUCAAACUCACCAUCCAGUUGCCUGUUACAGAAUAACUUCUAAACUAAACACCUAGUCAAACAACGAAGCUGUAGGUGAGGAGAUCUGUAUAAUAUUCUAAUUUAAGUAAGUUUGAGUUUAGUCACUGAAAAUUUGACUGUGACUUUAAUCUAAAUUACUAUGUAAACAAAAAGUAGAUAGUUUCACUUUUUAAAAAAUCCAUUACGUUUUGCAUUUCAAAAGUUGGAUUAAAGGGUUGUAACUGACUACAGCAUGGAAAAAAAAAUAGUUCUUUUAAUUCUUUCACCUUAAAGCAUAUUUUAUGUCUCAAAAGUAUAAAAAACUUUAAUACAAGUACAUACAUAUUAUAUAUACACAUACAUAUAUAUACUAUAUAUGGAUGAAACAUAUUUUAAUGUUGUUUACUUUUUUAAAUACUUGGUUGAUCUUCAAGGUAAUAGCGAUACAAUUAAAUUUUGUUCAGAAAGUUUGUUUUAAAGUUUAUUUUAAGCACUAUCGUACCAAAUAUUUCAUAUUUCACAUUUUAUAUGUUGCACAUAGCCUAUACAGUACCUACAUAGUUUUUAAAUUAUUGUUUAAAAAACAAAACAGCUGUUAUAAAUGAAUAUUAUGUGUAAUUGUUUAAAACAUCCAUUUUCUUUGUGAACAUAUUAGUGAUUGAAGUAUUUUGACUUUUGAGAUUGAAUGUAAAAUAUUUUAAAUUUUGGCAUCACUGCCUGUUCUGAGAACUGGAUGCACCAACCAUAUCAUUUUCGUUUGAGCAAAAAGAAAUCCGCCAUUUUACUUAAUGUUGGUCAAAGUCUAAUGACUCUCUUUCUAUUGUAGAUUUGAUAACCCCAUCAAAAGAAAAUCACAUUCUAAGUGUAAUCUUACAUAGUGCUUGUAUCGUUGCAUUUGUUUUAAUUUGUGGGAAAGUAUUGUAUCUAACUUGUAUUUCUUUGGUAGUUUCAUCUUUAUGUAUUAUCGAUAUUUGUAAUUUUCUCAACUAUAACAAUGUAGUUAUGCUACAACUUGCCUGAAACAUUCAAACUUGUUUCAUUUUUCAUUUCUUUUUUUUUCUUUGUUACUUCACUUAAACUCAUUGAAAGCAUAGUAUGCGUUACUAAAAGGUCAAUUACAGGAAUCACUGAAAUAUUUUUGUAGACUAAUUGUUGUAACAUUGUCUUUCUUUCUUUUGUUUCAUGAUUUUGAUUUUUAAAAUUAUUAGCACACAGCUAUUUUCAGCCCUUUAAUAAUGCAGCAUCAAAAACAUCACCUGUAUCCCCAAAUGAAUAUAGAAGACUGUAUUUUUACUAUGAUAUCCAUUUUCCAGAAUUGUGAUUAUAAUAUGCAAAGAGUCAUAAAUAUGCCAUUUACAAUAAGGAGGAGGCAAGGCAAAUGCAUAGAUGUACAAAUAUAUGUACAACAGAUUUUGCUUUUUAUUUAUUUAUAAUGUAAUUUUAUAGAAUAAUUCCGGGAUUUGAGAGGAUCUAAAACUAUUUUUCUGUAUAAAUAUUAUUUGCCAAAAGUUUGUUUAUAUUCAGAAGUCUGACUAUGAUGAAUAAAUCUUAAAUGCUUUGUUUAAUUACAAAAAUAAAAUCACCAAUGUCCAAGACAUGAAGAUAGCAACUCAACAAAUACUGUAGUUAAGAGACGAACUCACCACUUGUUUGGGAACUACAUUUCACUCUUGGUUUUCAGGAUAUAACAGCACUUCACCGAAAUAUUCUUUCAGCCAUACCACUGGUAACAUUUCUACUAAAUCUUUCUGUACCACUUAAAGAAUUCCCUCAUUCAUUACCUUACAGUGUAAACAGGAGUCUAAUUUGUAUCAACUCUAUGUUUUGGUUGUAAUAUUCAGUUCACUCACCCAAUGUACAACCAAUGAAAUAAAAGAAGCAUUUAAAAGCA